AUGAAUAACACAAUUUUAUUAUUUGAUAUGGAUGGAACGUUAACUAAACCAAGAAACAAAAUUACUCAAGAAAUGAAAACAUUUCUUAAAGAAGCUGGAAAAAAAAUUGAUUUAGGAGUUGUUAGUGGUUCAGAUUUACCUAAAUUAAAAGAGCAAUUAGGAGAUGAUGUUACAGAAUACUUUAAAUUUGUUUUUUGUGAGAAUGGAUUAGUUACAUAUCAAGAUGGUGUUUGUAUUGGUAAAUUAAGUUUUAAAGAACAUGUAGGACAAGAGAAAUACAAUAAACUAAUAAAUUAUAUUUUGGUAGAGAUAUCUAAAAUUGAUAUUCCAAUAAAAACAGGAACUUUUAUAGAAUUACGUAGUGGUAAUUUAAAUGUUUCACCAAUAGGAAGAAAUUGUUCUCAAGAAGAACGAGAAGAAUUCUUUAAAUAUGAUAAAGAGCAUCAUAUUAGAGAACAACUUAUUGAAAAAAUAAAAAAAGAAUUUAGUGAAUUAAAUCUUGUAUUUGCAAUUGGAGGACAAAUUAGUUUUGAUUGUUAUCCAGUUGGAUGGGAUAAAACAUAUUCAUUAAAUUAUAUUAAAAACAAAUAUUCUCAUUUUGAAUUUUUUGGAGAUAGAACUAUGAAAGGAGGAAAUGACUAUGAAAUGGCACAAUCUUCAAUUAUUAAUAAAGUUCAUCAAGUUAAUGGACCAGAAGAUGUAAUGAAAAUAAUGAAAGAAAUGGGACUUUAA